GUGCUCAGAAUGGCCUCUGGUGGCCCUCAAGAGAGCAACCAGGAGACCAGCAGGGUGGAGGAUGCUCAGGACUUCCUGGACACCUUCCUGCACAACUUUCCAGCACCCCCAAGCCCAGAGAGCCCACUGCCGUGGAAGGCCCCAGGGCCAACACUGAGCCAGGAAGAGGCAGAGGCUGAGCUGGUGGCACUGGCACUGGGCUUCCUGGACAGCAGGAGCGCCCCGGAAACACUGGCCUCGACCCUCACCCAUGAGGCCAUUUGCCAGUUGCUGCAGAUGGAUCUGUCGGAGUUCAGAAAGCUGCCCAGGUCUGAGGAGCAGGAGGACCCUGAGGAGGAAGACAAGAGCCCUGUGACCUUGCUGGAUGCAAGCGCCCUAGCCCAGGCCUUCUUCAGACAGCUGUGGAAUGUGUGCAGCCGGUGGCAGAAACAGGUGCCCUUAACCACCAGGCCACCCAAGCAACAAUGGCUGGUUUCAGUCCAUGCCAUCCGGAAUACACGCCGCAAGAUGGAAGACCGGCACGUGACACUACUGGCGUUCAACCAGCUCUUCGGCUUGUUGGACCCUGUGGAACGUGCCUACUUCGCUGUGUUUGAUGGUCAUGGCGGAGCAGACGCUGCCCAGUUUGCUGCUGUACAUGUGCACGCCAACGCUGCCCGUCAGCCAGCGCUGCUCACGGACCCUGCAGGUGCCCUCAGGGAGGCCAUCCAGCACACUGACUACAUGUUCAUCCAGAAGGCCAAGCGUGAGCGGCUGCAGAGUGGCACAACAGGUGUGUGUGUGCUCAUCACUGGGAACACACUGCAUAUCGCCUGGCUUGGGGACUCGCAGGUCAUCCUGGUGCAGCAGGGCCAGGUGGUGAAACUGAUGGAGCCCCACAGGCCUGAGAGACAGGAUGAGAAGGAGCGCAUUGAAGCACUGGGUGGCUUCGUAUCCCACAUGGACUGCUGGCGAGUCAACGGGACGCUGGCUGUCUCCAGAGCCAUUGGGGAUGUAUUCCAGAAGCCCUAUGUGUCUGGGGAGGCAGACACAGCCUCCUGGGAGCUGACCGGUUCCGAGGACUACCUGAUGCUUGCCUGUGAUGGCUUCUUUGACUUCGUGCCCCCUCAAGAGGUCACAGGCCUUGUCCGGAGCCACUUGGCUCGGCAGCAGGGCUGUGGGCUCCACGUCGCUGAGGAGCUGGUGGCCACUGCCCGGGAGCAGGGCUCCCGUGACAACAUCACUGUCUUAGUGGUCUUCCUCAGGGACCCCCAGAACCUGCUAGAUGUGGGAGACUCAGCCCCUGCUCCCUCUGGCCAGGGAAGCUAA